UCUGGAUUAAAUUCUUGUCAACAGAACUACUUGUCUGCCUCCAACCACCUCAGCUUCAUCAAAAACAUCUUCAAACCACCUCAGCUCUCUCCCUACUUGUCUAACAAUGCCACGUCCAAGCUCUGAUAAUCUUUUCACUGAGCAGCGCUCAUACCGACCUAGGCCUACCCCUCUUGCAGAUCAGCUUCGUGAUUUGGAAACUCUCCAAAGGAUGCAGACCGGAACAGACCCACGCUUGUUGAUCAAUCCCGACAUUGUUUUGGCACACCAGCAACUAGAAGAGGACAUACAUCGUCAAAUGAAUCCAAAUCCAGCAGAUGAGGAAAACGGGCCUGGAGAAAAUUUUAAUCACUACGAUCCGGAACCAGAAGCCCAUGAAGAUAAUGAUAGUCUAAUUGACCAAUUGAAUGCACAUCACACCUCAGUAGAUCAGCGAAAUCGACACCAGACAAUCAAGAACCACUGGACUGAGUUGAUUCCAACCCUUCAUGGAGCAUACCUCUGGCUCCAAGUCAAGACAAGAAACUGGACAAGCUCUAAUGCUUUUGAAAAUUUUUCAACAGACUUUUGCACAUGCGACCGGUUUACACAUCGACAAGUGGACUUGAUUGAUUUGAAUACUCAAAAACGCGAAUCCAUUCCUUUCUGCCAGUGUACACCUGAUAUACUGCACUUACUCGCUCGUGGAUACAUUGGCAGUACACCGGUAGCCCCUCAGACAGCGUUUUCAAUCAAUUUGCUUGGUUUCCACAAUCAUUUGUGGCAGUGGUGCACUGUAGGUACAUUACCUUUCAUGAAGGCCAUGCAGGCAUGGCUGGAGGAACGAUCUCCUCCACUUCUAACCCAAUCGGGAAAGCGGCGAGAUCUCCGUACAAACUUUGCAGCCGCUAUUGAUGUCUACCGCUUGCUAGGUGAUCGUACAAACAAUGUUAUCAAAGAUACUCUCCACUUGACAAAGCAACAGUCAUUAGCUUUAGAUUCGUGCCCUGCUUGUUUUGGCUCUCCUUCUUCUGAAAGUUUCACCCAAAACUCAGCCACCCUGCCCGGUUCCACUCCUCAGAAUCAUCCAAUGCCACCCAACACCGAUUCUCAAAAUCAAAAUGAACCAACUACAUCAAACCAAGCAACACAGAAUCAACAACCCCCUCUAGUAAUAUGCCUGGAUGGGAACUUUCAACACCGGCACCAUUUCGCAGGCAGCAGGAAUUAUACUGAGUUGAUAACUCCCAAUAAAUUUAUCAAACCUUGCUCGAUCAAUGAGAUGAAUGACUACAUCAAAAACCAAGAAGAGAUGCACCGUGUCAGAGGAACUCGAGAUCGAUGUGCAGAUUCACAUAAAGCCGCAGAUGACAAAAGAAAUAAGUCAACGUGGAAAGCCUGUGAUGAUACAGGGCUGAUGGGCUGCUGUUGUAGACACGACUCAGCAAUUUACCUUGCCAACAUCUCAGAUGGAGGUGAAAAUCGCAAGUAUCCCUUGUCAAUACUCAACCAGGUGUUAUCAGAUGUCGACUCAACACGGGAUGUGCGAGUUCUCUAUGACAUCGGAUGUAAUUUGAAGAAGUUUAUUUCUUUGCGGCACCUUUUCCCUGAAGAUACUAAUAGGCUCACGUUUGGCACGUCGGUGUUUCAUUCCUAUGUACACAAUUGGAAGUGUCAAUUGGAAUUUAGCCCUCGCUACAACGACGGAUGGGGCCUAUCCGAUGGGGAAGGAUUAGAACGCCUAUGGUCGUUUCUUUCUCCUCUAGUAAGUCCUCUUCGAUACGCUACCCGAAAUCACCGCCUUGCUGCAAUUGCACACAAAAUCCAAUUCCACAACGAACGAGGCAAGGAAAACUUGAUUCACUGGCUUGGGCACAAGUACAAUAAAGCAAUCAGUCGAAAACAAGAAUCAACCAGGAAGCUCGACUCACUGUAUAAGUUGAUUAAUCCCUUUGCAUCCCCAAGAGCAAGUUACGACAUUCAGUUCUUUGAAGACCAAUGGAACAAUCAGCGUCAAUUUCAAUUAAACCAUACCGAUGCAGAUCGUGAGCGGCAAGAGCGUCUGGCCAGCUUUCUGGAUCGGGAAGCCAGUUUGAAUCGACUGAGAACACAACUCAACACGAUGGUAUCGACCGAUGCUGGUUCCUAUGACAACAUAUUUCAAUCUUUACUGGACAUUGCCUCAAGUAUGGAACAGCAACAAGAAUUCGCUAGGGAGCUUCCUGGAGAGCACAACAUAUUGAUUGGUCAAGAUGGUAUGCCUCAAACCGUUUUUGCUGUCUUUUUACAACCCCAACUGACACCAUGUUGA